AAAACUCGAAAGUGGCUCCCCUAUUCAAUCAUUCCUUGUUUUCCCAAAUAUACAAUUCAAUUGAAGGACAUCUCAAUCUACUAAGAUAUCUGGGGUAUUUUUCUUGACAUUGUUUGAACUCUGUCUUGCUGUUUAUUUUGUCUUACCGACCAUAGCGUUUGGAUAAACUAUCUCCUACGUAAUCGCAAAUAAUGGACGUCGCCUACAAGCAACAUGCCAACCAGGCACGUCGAAAAAAUAGGUCGACUACAAAUCUCCAACACCUUUCCCUCGCUCCCCUUACAUCUAGAUUCCCUUUAACCGACCCCGAAGAGCUUCCCGACUUUGGGGCCGCCUCGUUCCAACAUCAGCACAAUGUUUCCUACCUCCAAGGCAAAUCUGCCCCUACGACCCCUCGUUUACUCCAAUCUCCGUCUCAUACCCGAGGCAAUUCGCCCACCCGCCGUCGCCGCACCUCCGCUCACGACAUAUCAGACGCGAAAUUACCAAAGAGCAAGUCUACGACUCACCUAGCUAUAUCGAAUGCGAAACGUGCUGGGCUGGGGUCGUUUUCGCCUCUUCCACACCACCGUGGAUCGUCCGAGGCUAAAGAACGAGGUGAUAGCGAUUGGAUGUUACGUACCGGGGCCUUGAUUAGCUCGGAGACACGAGAGUCUAAGGGUCAAGCCUGGCUUGUUUCUAGGCAAAGCUCGACUAGCUUGACUGGUAUGCGCGACGUUGAUGAAGAGGUAUACGAACGAGAAGUGGCUAGGGAAAGAGAACUUACAAGCAGACGGGGUAGUCGUCGUGGUAGUGUAGCGAGUGCGGACGAUGAUCUCCAUUCACCGAACAGUCGUUACGGCAGCCGCUCCCAAAGUAGGGCCGGAAGUAGGUCACAUCUACGAACGCCCGUAGAACGUCACACACAUGACGGCUAUUUCAGCCAAGAAGUAACGGCAGAUGAUUUCAUACAGGGUCCGGACUUCGUGAGUCUAGAUGAGAAGCUGGAGGCCUUUGAAGUAGAUACAAGCAAAUCAGAUGAGGCAGCCGUACGGAAAUUAGUAAGUGGAAAGAACGGAGGAAUGAGCUCGUGGAUGUGGUCUCUUUUCUCCGUCGAGGAGAACGAAGAGGAAUCAGACAAUGCCGACGGCGAGUCGGACGAUGAGACCGAAGGGAGUCAUGUCCCACGUAGUGCGAGCACGGCGGAUUUUGAACGCAUCUUGAAUAUCCCGGAAGAAAGGAUCCCGCCUCCGAAAUCAGACGAAGGCGGUUGGCAUGAUGCUGCGUGGCUUCUGAGUGUGGCGUCUAAAGUAUUGCUGUAGGGUCUGAGACAAUGCCUGAUGUGAUGCUUGAUGGGAAACGCGAGGUGCUUGGAUGGAUAUUGCAUCUGUGCUGCAUGUCAUGUCUAGAAGUGGACAGGCUGACAGGACAUGUAAUAUCGGCAGCCGAUUCUCACGUUUGAGAGUAGCACUGCAGCCGUGCUGAAAAGCCACUCUACGAUGGGAAAUCCAACCCCCCCUUUUUCGGAUGUUAAAAAAUGGGCGUACACGAGUCUUGUGAAGAAGACAUCGAUAUUUUUGUUGCUACCAAUAAUAAAACACCGGAUUUCCUCAUUUGUUUGACUGCAUAUUAUCGCUGGUGUGUUAACUGCCCAAAUCAACGAUAUAUCGCUGAUCUCGGUAGUUCUAGGUUCUAGACCAAAAAUAUGGAUGCAUGUACGCCGCUCUGCUGGCGACCUUACGCGCCAUCUAUACAUAUCGAGCUGAACUCGUCCACUUGUAAAACGUGUCGUAGUGUAGGUGCGGGGAAAAUAGAUAUGUCAACUUAACCCGCAGCGAGAUUCGCUCAGCUGUUAGGUUAAAGUAGAGCCAAAACAGGAUUUUUUUUUCUCAACUCACAAUAUUUGAAGCCGGCAUAGACUACCUAGUAG